UCAAGGAAGUUUCUAUGAAACUUAUACGAAAGUACUGGGAAUACAUAAGUGCUUUCAACUGAUGUCUGGUCCCAAUGACGGUCAGGCCUUUCCACUACUUGCCAUAAAGGCGGUCAGACACGUCCGGGAAAGUAGCGGAUGUAUAUUUGUGCUUAAAGGCGGUCAGUUCGUCGGUGCACCUCCUGAGGGCGUACUCGCACUGGGACCUUUUUACUUGUAUCGGGACGUAAUUGCGAACGAGGAAGAGGAGGAGGAGGAGGAGGAGGAGGAGGAGGAUGAGGUUACAGUUGUGUUCUGUCGUUCAUGGGUGAUGGUAGUCAAGGGGGAUGAGGCGGUUAGACCACCGAAUCAGAAAAUUAAUCCCUGCGCAGAAGUGGGGACUCACAGAGAACACCAAACGGCAACAGCAGUGAGAAAAAAUGCAAGCGCAUGGACAGCAGAUAAGCUUCUCACGAGGCCAAAGGACGGUUUCACAGAGACACGUCAUGAAAUCUGCAAGAGGACUCCUCAGACCAUGCAGGAUCCAGACAAUGCAUCCUUGCUGGCAGGAGUAGCGCAUUACAUAAAGAAUUUCUGCGUUCGAACUGAACGCAGUGCAGUCGCGUCAUCCCUGCCGCAGGCCCUUCGACAGGACGCCCCCGAUUCGAAUGUCAUUGGUUAUGGCCCAUCGCCAUGUUCCACGCCAAGAGAGAUCGGCACACAGCGUCUUGCUGUGCACAAGGUCAUCGUGGAAGAGAGUGACAAUGGCUCUAAGGUCAUUACGAUAUCUUCUCCACAAAGGGAUUGGUUACGUUCAGAUGUAUCCAUCACAUUGCACAGGAUGUCCUUGGAGAUCUGUAAAGCUCAAAUCUCCACAAUUCAGGACAGAAUACGGGAUGUGUUCCAUGUCAGAUGUUAUGGGGAGGAGCUCUGUGCAGAAGACAUCAAGCAGAACCUUGAGGUCUGUGGCUGUAAUCGCAGUCAGAUUCCUCCAGGUCUGGCUGCAGUUGCGGUCAGGUGCAUUUGGGAAAGAGUAAUCUUCAAUGGAGGGGAAGAAAGACCUUAGUGUGGUCUUGCAGAAAGGAGGUGGCCAUCUGCUCAACACUGGGCUGCAAGUUCUACGCUCAAAUUUGGUAG